UUAAGGCAAUCUGAGACGUCGACGCUAGCGGUCUCUAGGCGCCGUUAAAACUAACCACUGGCGUACUUCCGUGUCCCACUUCUGGUCCAGACUUCGUACUGUCAACACUGAAGUAGUCCUUCUUGCCCUGCUACAAUGGCCAGUGACCUCAGCGCACGAGAUAUCGAGAGAGCGAACUUCGCCUUCUCUAUCUAUGACUUCGAAGGUAACAACACCGUUGAUGCCUUCUACGUUGGCGACAUCUUGCGCGGGCUUAACCUCAACCCAACCCUGGCCCAGAUCGAGAAGGUUGGAGGCACUAAGAAGAGGAAUGAGAAGAAGCUCAAAGUGGACGAGUUUCUGCCCAUCUUUGCACAGGUCAAGAAGGACAAAGAUGUAGGGUGCUACGAGGACUUCCUGGAAUGUCUCAAGCUGUACGACAAGGCUGAGGACGGCAAGAUGCUUCUCGCUGAGCUCACGCAUAUUCUGCUUUCUCUCGGCGAGCGACUGGGAGAUAAGGAAGUAGACGACAUCGUGAAGGACUGUUGUGAGGCUGAGGAUGAAGAUGGAUUCAUAACAUAUUCUCCAUUUCUCAAAAACGUGUUGGCGUAAGCAACCCGAAGGUCGUCAGCCCUUUCCUGAAGAAGGUUGUUGCCGGGCCAGAUGUUGAAGAAACACCAGCGCCUGCACCUGCAGAGUAAAAUCAGGUCAUGAUACCGACAAUGGACCGUGUACAAUGUUGGCGACAGUGCCGUGUUCCAUCUUGAAGUGCGGGCAAGAAGUCAGUGUUUGUGUUACGGACACGGAGGGCAAAGAGGCUUCUUGUAAUGUCUUUAUAUAUAACCCAAUGUGAUUAUAAUAAAUACAUUAUUGGAAAUUGUUGCAAA